UUACUUUCGGGAGUGAACGGAAGGUGUUACCUUCGACGCUAGCUGCCCGGCUAGCCGCCGCUGUUAGCCGAAGCUAACCUGCGGGUCUCGGCGGUGACAGCGGCGGAACAAAAGGCAGGGAAGACGCUCUCCCAGCCGGUGCAGGACCUCCAGACCCCCGGGCGGGCAGGGAUAAUCCGCCCUCCGCUGCUGGGUUACUGGUUAACUUUAUUAACACCGGUGUUGCUGAAUGGAUGCUUUUCGUUUGGUUAGUCGGGCAAGUUGGGAAGUUCGAGCUCCGUGUUUUUUGUUGUUUUUGUGUCACACCCAGUUUCUGUUCGGCACCACGGUGAACGAAGACCACCGUUCAAAAACAAACUCCUCCUUCACGUCCUUUCGCCGCCGCUCGUCCGGUCUUUUGUCCGAACUUCCACGUGAUUUUCAACUGGUCUGGGUGCUGAAGCACUCUUCUAAUGUUUGCCGUUAAAUCGUGACCCAGCCCGGGGAGAACAGGACCAGUUUGAUAAUCUGGAAAAACACACCCAGUGGGGGAUUGACUUUCUUGAGCGCUAUUCAAAGUUUGUCAAGGAGCGGCUGGACAUUGAGCAGAACUACGCCAAGCAGCUACGGAACUUAGUAAAGAAAUAUUGUCCAAAGCGUUCAAAAGAUGAAGAGCCGAGGUUCACGUCGUGCCUGUCGUUCUACUCGUUACUGAGUGAGCUGAAUGACUACGCCGGUCAGAGGGAGGUGGUGGCGGAGGAGAUGGGUAACCGGGUUUACGGGGAGUUGAUGAGGUACAGCCAGGACCUGAAGGGCGAGAGGAAACAUCAUCUACAGGAGGGCAGAAAGGCUCAGCAGUAUUUGGAUCAGUGCUGGAAGCAGAUGGAAAAUAGUAAAAGGAAGUUUGAGAGAGAAUGCAGGGAAGCAGAGAAAGCCCAGCUGACCUACGACCGGUUAGAUAACGACAUCAACGCCACCAAAUCGGAAGUGGAAAAGGCCAAAGCCCAGCUCUACCUUCGCACUCACACGGCCGAUGAGAGUAAGAACGAGUACGCUGCUCAGCUGCAGAGCUUCAACUCGGAGCAGUGGAAGCAUUUCAAUAACGCUAUACCACACAUCUUCAAGAAUCUGCAAGACAUGGACGAACGUCGGACAGUGAAGCUCGGGGAGACGUAUCGAAGCUUUGCUGAGGCUGAGAGGAGAGUCAUUCCCAUCGUUUCCAAAUGUCUAGAUGGAAUGGUUUCUGCCGCCAAGGCUGUAGAUGAGCGACGGGAUUCAGCAAUAGUAGUGGAGUCAUUUAAAUCUGGCUUUGAGCCACCGGGCGACUUUCCCUUUGAAGACUUCAGUCAGAAUUUAAGCAGGACAGGAUCAGACGGGACCAUCAGCAACACACCCAAAGGAGACAAGGAACGAGAGCGAGACGGAGGCCCCGGCCUGCGAACCGACAACAAACACGCCAUGAGCAGAACCAAGAACAAGCUCUGGCUUUUUGGGAAGAAACCAAAGGCUCCGUCUCUGGAGGAUUUCAGUCACUUACCUCCUGAGCAGAGAAGGAAGAAGCUGCAGCAGAAGCUCGAUGAACUCAACCGGGAGCUUCAGAAAGAAACGGAUCAGAGGGAUGCUUUGAACAAGAUGAAGGAUGUGUAUGAGAAGAACCCUCAGAUGGGCGACCCGAGCAGCCUUCAGCCAAAGCUGUCAGAGACCAACUGUAACAUCCAGAGGCUUCGCUCGGAAAUCCACAAAAACGAGAGCUGGCUGUCUGAAGUUGAGGGAAAGCAGAGCUCCAGAGGAGACAGACGACUCAGCACAGACAACCACCAUCACACUCCUCACGGUAGAGAGAGCCCUGAGGGCAGUUACACAGACGACACCAACCAGGAGCAUCACACGCCUCUUCGCCGACCCAAUCCGUCACAGCCGGGACUCCCAAACCACGACCCACAUGAGUUUGAUGAUGAAUUUGACGAUGACGACCCGCUGCCCGUCAUCGGUCACUGCAAGGCGCUGUAUUCUUUUGAUGGUAAGGAUGAGGGGACGCUGGUGAUGGCGGAGAAUGAGGUUCUGUACAUCAUCGAGGAGGAUAAAGGCGACGGCUGGACGCGGGCGAGGAAGCAGAACGGAGAGGAAGGCUACAUUCCCACCUCCUACGUAGAAAUCACGAUAGAGAGACACGGCAAAGUUCCACCAGUCGACCAGCGGGUGGCGGCCUUCCUUCCUUCCCUCACCAAACCACAUCGCCCUGUUAUGUCCGACUACAUCUCCCAUCAGCCACCUGGGCUUACCUUUCAGCCUCAGCUGCAUCUCCAUAAAAUGUUUGUUCCAUGUAACCAGUUAUGUUUGUGAAUGUGACCACACAUGUAGCAGCAACACGUAUGGAAAGCCAAAUAGGCCAAAAAUGUAAGAAAAGGCCAAUUGGGAUGUUUGGCUGUGUGUGUUACGCGUAGUUUAUAACCGUUGAAUGAACCUUGAAUGUUUCCAUGGUGAUUGUUUUUAGUUCAGUUUGGCCGUCUUCGUGAGAGACGACGUGGUUUGAAUUGAUGCACUUUGCCUUGAUGUACAACAGGAUUGGAACCUGACUAAAUGAGCGAGUGAAUGAAUGAAUGAGUGAACUUUUUCUAUGACCACUAAUGUUCCGAUGAUUUUAUACUCUUUGUAACUCUCUUUUUAAAGUGAGGACGCUUUUAUUUGCAUGGUUUCUGGAUGAUUUAGACUCAUUUCUCUGGUGAUUGUUUUAUUUAUACGGAAACACUAAAUGUACAGAGUCCCGCCCCCAGAACAUGUAAGAUGUCUCCUCAGACCCCGUCUAACCAGCAGGGGACCCCGCUUUAGCCUCCGUUCCCUCCAUGAAGCUGUGAAAUGUGCAGAACGACGCUGUCGACGUUACUUGAACUUCCCGUCGCUCUUCAUGUGACAACUCCCGUGUGCGAUCAGUUUGCCGUAGGUGUCAAAAGGUCCAGUUGGAUGAUUUUAAAGGAAAUUUCUGCAAGUCUCUGCUGCUUUCCUGCAAAAACAUAACCGUAACUUAAGUAUUUUAAAUGAAUUUCUCAUUUUUAUGGUUAUUUUGAAGGUUCCCUCAGCAUGGAGUGGUUUCUGCUUCUUUUGGAGAACAAAGUGUUGAAAAUUGAAGAAACUAAUCAGUUCCUGCAGUUUAACCCCAGAUCUGUUGAUGGUUUUGUUUUUUAAUUGCCCAAAAACCACCUAACUGUCUGAACGAUGCUUAUUUUUACCCUUUUUACAAAUGUGAUGCAGUUACAACAUCCAAAGUCCUCUAAAGUUUGGAUAUGAUUAAACCCGCGGACGUCUUCCUGUCGGUGCUGCAGAGCGAACAAUCCAAAGAUAUUCAACAUUUGGAAGUGUUUACUUUUUUUUUUUUCUUUUUAGAAGAAAGCUGAAACAAAAUUUUCUUGCUUGGAUUAUUCCAGCAGAGUAAAAUUAAAGCCUCUGCUUAUAAAUUAUUACCCUUAAACUAUUUCUAACGGGAAACAAAUGUUCAUUUCUGAACUCCAGUAUUUAAUGACAUCAUUUCUUCUCCAUUUAAACGUUACUGAUAGUUUUUUCGGAGACGGUUCUAAAUCAGGAUUUCAUGCAAAAUGAUGAUUAAUCAGAAUUGCGGACAAACCAGCAGAUUAUUGUUGUAAAAACCUGGUGGGCACGAUGCUGCUGCUCCAUGUUCCUCCUGUUUUCUGCUAACAAAUCCUGUGAAAGUAGCUUUUUUUUUUUUUGCAGGACGUUUUUUAGUAAAUGUUUUCAGCGUCUCCCAAACUGAUGGCAGUACUGCUCCAUAUUGUUGUGCACACCCUUUUACUUUGAUUGUCGUCACUUUGAACAAAAUGCCUUUUUUUUUCUUGAAAAAUAUUGUUCUAAUAAAAUAAACAUUAAAACAA